AUGUCUACUAAGUAUGAACUCGAUUGUUCCGAAAAUGGAUGUAGAAGUGGAUAUGAAGCUGGAGACUGGUUAAGUUUGAGGAAAGGAGUGCGGAAGCUGUGCAGCCACCCGGUGUUUCAGUUGAGUAAGCCGCCGAAGAAUGAAAAUCUUGGGAUUGUAAAUACUAGGGGAGGAGGAGGAGAACCAUGGGCAUAG